UCACAUUCCUUGGACUUUCUCUCUUAUGGAUAUACUUAUCAUUCCCUCUUUCUGUCUGUCUGUAGCAGAUUUCUCUUUUAGUCAGUUGUGGGCUUGGUCCAUGUCUGAAGCUCACAAUAUUCUCUCUCUUCCUUCAGGUUUUGCUAUUGUUUUUGCCUUGGUCAAUCCAUUCUUUGGACAUCUAUCAGAUCAGAUCAGCCGGAGGACCCUCAUGUGUCUGGGAGUAACGUAUUGGACUCUGUUUGUUGCGAGCUGUUCCGUAAUUCCCCAGGAGUGGGGUUGGACCAUCCCUUUUAUACGGAGUGCCGUGGCCGCAAUAGAAAGUUUUUUUGCAGGCAUUUCCCUGACCCUGAUUGAUGACCUGUGCCCACCUGAAAAUCGUCGAGGGACUUUAUGCAUGUUUAACAGUGUCAGCUAUAUAAUGGGGUAAGCUGCAAGUUGUACCUGGAUUCCUGCUACAUUCCUUUUGGUUUGUGUGUGGAUUCUGUUAUAUUAACCCUGAAUCUCCUUGGUUCUGUUACAGUGCCUUUGGGAUCGUUGUGGGAGCAAUUGUGCCAGUCUACUUAGGCUCAAACUGGCGUCAUGCACUGCAGGUAAGGAAAAUUCAACCGGGUUC